UCAGAUGUUCAUGGUAAAAGCAGCGAAAUUUACUUCACUGGAACUUUUCCUCAACCAAAUUAUCAAACCCACCGCCAUUAUCUUGGACCUAGAAUCGAUUGAUUUCCAAUAAAAAUCUAAGCUUCACCAAUCGAAUCUGUGAAAUCGGAACGAAACGAAACUAUAGUUCACGAAAUGGGGGAAGACGAUAUGCCGUUGGAUGAUAAGGCAAAGCGAACGAGAGAUUUGUUAUCAAGCUUCUAUUCUCCAGACCCUUCAGUGUCUAAUACUAGCAAUUCUUUCAAAUUUGCGUCUUUAGAUGCCAUUAACACCACCUCCUUCGACGCCGAACAGUACAUGAAUCUCCUGGUGCAAAAAUCAAAUUUGGAAGGGCUUCUACAGAGGCAUGUUGAAAUGGCAGCUGAGAUAAAAAAUCUAGACACCGAUUUGCAAAUGCUAGUUUAUGAAAAUUACAACAAGUUUAUUAGCGCCACCGACACAAUUAAAAGGAUGAAAAGUAAUAUUGUGGGCAUGGAAGCAAGUAUGGAGCAGCUUCUUGGCAAGAUAACAUCGGUGCAAUCAAGAAGUGAUGGUGUGAACACUUCUCUUUUCGAAAAGAGAGAACAUAUAGAGAAAUUGCAUCGCACACACAACCUUCUUCGAAAAAUUCAGUUCAUAUAUGAUCUACCUGCUAGACUCGAGAAGUGUAUUAAAUCAGAGACAUAUGCUGAUGCAGUCAAGAUCUACAUUGGAGCAAUGCCAAUUUUAAAGGCCUAUGGGGACUCAUCAUUCCAGGAUUGUAAGCAAGCAUCUGAAGAAGCUAUGGCCACUAUUAUAAAAAAUUUGCAGGGAAAGCUAUUCUUGGAUUCUGAAUCCAUACAAGCAAGGGCUGAGGCCGCAGUACUUCUUAAGAAGUUGAAUUUUCCGAUGGACAACUUAAAAGCAAAACUAUUUGAAAAGCUAGAGCAAUCUCUUGAAGGCCUUCAGCUCAAGCAUGAAGACAUAACCAAUGUUUUGGUAGAAUCUAACAACCCCUCAGAACAAGGAAACAAUGCCGAGUCAGUUCCUGGUUCCGCGCAUGAUGCUUUAGUUUGUGAGUUUGCUGAAGCUGUUCGAGCUUAUCAAGUAAUUUUUCCCGAUUCAGAAAAGCAACUGAUUAAACUUUCUCAAGACUUGAUUGCCAAGCACUUUGAGAUUACUGCGGGUUACAUAAAGGAGUGGAUUCCAAUUGCUAAUUUUCUGGGUGUUCUUCGAAUUAUAUGGAAAGAUGUUCACCUGAUGGAUAAAGUGUUGCGGGAGGCUCUUCUCCCUGAUUGUUCUUUGAAGGCUUCCCAGGUGGCUGUCAAACAAUAUAUAAAAAGCACAUUUUCUCACCUUCUUCAUGAUAUCUCAGAUUCCUUAACCAAUGUCCAUAUCAAACCAAAGGAGGAAGCGAAAGAGCAUCUUUUGGUGGUUUUCCUUGAGGCAGGAAAAACCGCAGUUCUUCAAGGGAGCGUGAAUGUGUUACUGGACUUCCGCCAACUUCUUGAGGAAAACUUAGGAGGGCUUCAACUGAGCAACUUGAUUAUUGAGUGGGUUCGAGAAGGAUUUCAAGAUUUCUUCAGGGCACUUCAUGAUCGGUUCCUCUUGCUUUCAGGGAAAAAUAAAUCUGCCAGUCAAGAUGAAAAUUCCACAGAGGGUAUGCAGGUUGAGAAAGUGAUUCCAGGCCUUGUCCUUGUGCUGGCUCAACUGUCUGUUUUUAUUGAACAAACUGCCAUCCCUAGAAUUACUGAGGAAAUAGCUGCUUAUUUCUCUGGUGGUGGUGGUCUUGCUUCUGAAAAUGGGCCAGCACUUGUUCCUGGUGAAAUUUCUCAAACCUUUCAUUCAGAUGGUGAAAUACUUCUACAGCAUUAUAUAAACAUGAUAACUCAAAAAAUAUUGGUUCUCCUGAGGAAGAGGUUUACAGCUCCAAAUUGGGUCAAGCACAAGGAACCUAGAGAAGUUCAUAUGUUUGUUGAUUUAUUCCUUCAAGAGUUGGAAGCAAUAAGAACAGAGGCAAAGCAGAUCUUACCUCAUGGAGUACUCCGCAAGCAUCGUCGCUCUGAAAGCAAUGGAAGCACUGCUUCCUCUCGCAGCAAUCCAUUACGAGAAGACAAAAUGAUUCAGUCAAACACUCAUAGGGCCAGGAGUCAACUUCUUGAAACCCACCUGGCAAAAUUGUUCAAGCAAAAAGUUGAGAUUUUUACAAAAACUGAAUAUACACAGGAAUCUGUUGUUACUACUGUAGUAAAACUUUGUCUUAAGAGUUUACUAGAAUUUGUUCGACUCCAGACUUUCAACCGGAGUGGAUUCCAGCAAAUUCAGUUGGAUAUUCAGUUCCUAAGGGCUUCUCUUAAGGAAAUUGUUGAAGACGAAGCUGCCAUUGACUUUUUGCUUGAUGAGGUGAUUGUUGGUGCUUCGGAACGUUGUCUUGAUCCAAUUCCUUUAGAGCCUCCUAUCUUGGAUAAACUAAUUCAAGCGAAGUUGGCAAAAGAGAAGGAACAGACUCCACUUUCUCCGUAAUUAGAGGAAGGUCAAAUCAGUGGUUAGAAUGUCUCAAUUCAUCAGGAACUGGCAAGUGUAUUGCUGAAUGGAAUGAUCAAGUCAUAGAAGCUUCACAGGCAUCCACGAGCCGACGAGUGUAUUGUGGGUGGUAAGAUGGUAUCAAAAGGAUGGUAUAUGUUUCCCGGUUCCUGAUAAUAGCCCUGCAAACUUUCAUGAUUUUACUCUUGAAGGUGUACCUUUGAUGGUUCAUGAUCUGAUUACUGAAGUUUUGCUCUCAUGGUCCACGUUGGUAAGAAUAUAUGAUAUGAUGAGUAUAGGAAUGUUGCUGUCCAUUGGGAAUCAUGUAGCCUGUACACUGUAUAAAUCACCGUGCUAUUAUCUCCAAUUUUUUUUAUGGUAGGGAAGAAAUAGUUUUCAUGCUUCCAAAUCAAACAUCAAUAUUCUUGUCUA